AUGACUUCUCUACUAUCACAUCUGGUAGCUCUUGCAUUUUUCAUAUCCUUUAUUCUUUUAUUUUCGUCAGCAUCUUCAAAUGAAGAAAGAAAGGUAUAUAUUGUGUAUAUGGGAGCUCAACACUCAUCUCAGUACCCAACCUAUGAACUCCAUCUUAAUUUGCUUAAAGAAAUUUUUGUGAACUGCUCGCCUAGUGAGUCUUUGGUGUAUAGUUACCAGAGGAGUUUUAGUGGAUUUGCUGCCAAACUUUCUAUAGACGAGGCAGAAAAAUUGAACGACAUGGAGGGAAUAAUUUCAGUGUUUCCUAGUAAAACCCUGAAGCUUCGCACGACGAGAUCAUGGGAUUUCCUUAACUUCUCGCAGAGAGUAAACAGGAAUCCUACACUGGAAAGUGACAUCAUCAUUGGAAUGAUUGAUACCGGAAUCUGGCCGGAAUCUAAAUCCUUCAGCGGUCAGGGAUUGAGACCUCCACCGAGGAAAUGGAAGGGUGCUUGCGUAAAUAUGACAUGCAACAAUAAAAUCAUCGGGGCGCGCUAUUACAAUAGCUUAGGUGAUUACAUGUUUAGCGAGCCAUCGCCACGCGACUUUCAAGGUCAUGGGACUCACACAGCUUCCAUCGCUGCCGGUCGAACAGUCUCCCAUGCCAGCCUCUACGGCCUCGCCAAGGGCAUGGCUAGGGGGGUCGUGCCGUCAGCGAGGCUCGCGGUGUACAAGGUGUGCUGGUGGUUCGGGUGCACCGAUCAAGACAUCUUGGCGGCAUUUGACGAUGCAAUCUCAGACGGUGUCGACAUCAUCUCCCUGUCUGUCGCCUAUGCCAUCGCCGCGGAUUACUUCCAAGACUCGAUAGCGAUUGGCGCCUUCCAUGCCAUGGCAAACGGGAUUUUGACGUCGACAGCCGCAGGGAAUGCAGGGCCAUACCGUGGCACGGUCAGCAACGUGGCACUGUGGACGUUGGUGGCGGCGGCGAGCAGCAUCGAUAGGCACAUCAUUGACAAGGUGGUCACCGGAAAUCAUGUGUCCACUUUGGGAGCUUCUGUGAACACGUUUGCGACAAAAAAUAGGGAUGAUCAUCCCUUGAUCUACAUGCAGGGAAAUGCAACUAUUUUACCAGGGGAUUGCACUGCUUUGCCAGAUAUAAACAUGGUGAAAGGGAAGAUUGUUCUCUGCAAAAAUCCUGUGGCUAACAUCCACAAAAGUGAAGAAGUUUUUGACUCCGAGGCUCCCCUGGUUGCUUCGUUCUCAUCGAGAGGCCCAAACACCAUCACCCCUGACAUCCUGAAGCCUGAUAUAAGUGCUCCAGGAAUUGACAUUUUGGCCGCCUGGUCACGGGUUGCACCAGUGUCAGGCAUCAUCAACGACACAAGGGUCGUAAAGUACAACAUAAUCUCGGGCACUUCCAUGGCUUGUCCCCACGUAACCGGCGUCGCCGCCUACGUCAAGUCUUUCCACCCAAAUUGGUCGCCGGCAGCCAUCAUGUCGGCGCUCAUGACGACAGCCAAACCGAUGUUUCCUUCGGCCCGCCAAGACGAAUUAUCGUAUGGAGCCGGGCAACUGAACCCGGUGAAGGCCGUCGACCCAGGUCUUGUCUAUGACGCUGGUGCCAGUGACUACGUGCAAAUGCUCUGUAACUCGGCCUACAACGAAACCAUGAUCAAGAUGGUCACCGGCGACGCCAGUUCCUACUCUGGCAGCAGCAAAGGAACGGCGAGGGAUCUCAAUUACCCUUCCAUGGCCUUACAUGUUCAGUCCGGCAAAGCCUUCGCCGCGAAGUUCUUGAGAACAGUGACCAACGUCGGCGGCGCCCGACGCUACAGGUACAAGGCGGAGGUCUGGGCUGAUCACUGA